GUCACCCGCCCCAGCCACUUUGUGUGUGUGUGUGUCGCUGCGCUACUAGUCCCAGCAUCCCGGCUUUGAUAUGGCCUGUUCCGCCCACAACCGUUAUUCCGACCGCAUCUCACGCGCGCAACCGGAAGCCACAGCCCGGUCACCACAUAGUCCGGAGAGAGAUGCAGCUUUGUGUACACAGAGCACCUGCUAAGUUUCUCCAGCAUUGUGCCCAGAAGGUACGCAUCCGUUUCCAGCCAAAUCCCUGACUGCUCAGUAAUGACUAGCUCCCCAGUUUCUCGAGUAGUGUAUAACGGCAAGCGCCCCACAAGCAGCACACGCUCGCCAAGCAGCAGUGAGAUAUUUACUCCAGCUCAUGAGGAGAAUGUGCGUUUUAUUUAUGAAGCGUGGCAGUGUGUGGAGCGGGACCUAAGAAAUCAGGUGUCUGGUAUGGAUCGUGGUCUUGUGGAAGAAUAUGUGGAGAAGCAGCCAAGCAACCUGAAAUCUUUUAAACCAGUUGAUCUGAAUGACCUGAAGAGGAAAGGCACACAGGACCCGAAGAAGUCAUAAUGACUUUACACGUUUGGCUCAUCAUUCCUCCUAUUGGCUCAAUUUGGACUUUUUCAUUCUCUUCCAUUUGGUUGUCCAUUACCAACAUAAAGGGACUACUUUGGGACUGUACUGUGCGGACUAAGCAGAGUUGUCUUCCUCUGCUCCCCACCUUAAAUUCCCUUUUCCUAUACCAUAUGUGUCAUGCCAUUUACCCCAUGCAUCGGUCCACAUACUGAUGGAUCACAACAACCCCUUUUAACUCCCAUUUCAUUUACUAAGAACAUGACUCAGUGGGUGGUAUGUAUCAAUGCUGUCUGCUGUGGCUGGGUUAAGAGUAAAAUCACAGCACAGAUCUCGACAGGCUAUUAAAUGGCUCGUACCUCUGUACCACGCUGUUGUCCUGCAACAUUACCACCACUAAUAUUAUCCAAAAUGCAAUCUUCCAGUGCAUCCAAGUACAGAUGAUAUCACACACUCACAAUGGCUACAGUGGUGCGAGUAUACAGACUGGAUGAUAAUUGACACAGUACUUCAGUACUCUGUUAAUUUGGAGUUUUUAAUUGUUAAUAGUUUUGUGUGUUCUGCCUAUUUGUAUGUCUUAGUGAUAAAAUGUUAGAAAGGA